AUAAUUUUCAUUAAUAACAUAAAUCAUCUUUAUAUUUUUAGCAUUCAUAAAAUGCCAAGGAGAUGUUCGACAACUCAUCCUGGCACAAGAAAAUAUGGCACUAAAUCUAAUUACACCAAUUCUACACUUCAAGAAGCUUUAGCCAAAAUUAAAUUAGAAAAAAUGUUGAUUGGUGAAGCUUCUAAAAUUUAUAAAGUACCUAAAGCAACAUUAUUUUAUAAGCUAAAAAGUAAACACUGUAAAUCAGUAGGACGCCCUAUUGCCCUUAGCAUUGAUGAGGAACUUUGUUUUGAAAAUCACUUACUUUAUUUAAGUGACAAAGGUAUACCAAUUGGAAUUAAUGAUUUUAAAAGUAUUGUCAAAAUCUAUCUGGAUGAUAGUGGAAAAAAUAUACAACAGUUUAAAGAUAACCGACCAGGUUGGGAGUGGUGUAAACUUUAUCUUGACAGGCAUCCAUCAUUAAAAUCUCAUUGUAUUUUAAGGAAACGUGCACAGAUUAAUUAUUGUCAAAUAAAAUUAUUUUUUCAAAAUCUAGAGAAGGAAUUAAAUGGAGUAAUGCCAGAUAACAUUUACAAUAUGGAUGAAACAGGGUUUCCUGAUGACCCUGGAAAAAAAAAACUUAUUUUUCGUCGAUCCUCUCGCCAUCCAGAACUUAUAAGAAACACAACAAAAACUUGUUACACUGUUGUUUUUUGUGGAAAUGCUUCAGGUAAACUAAUUCCACCAUUUUUCAUUUUUAAAGGAAAACACAGUUGGUCUGACUGGCUUUUCAAUGCACCAGAAGGAUCAAGAAUGGCAACUUCUUGCAGUGAUAUAACAUUUAUAUGUUUGGUACCCAAUUCCACACACCUUUUACAACCUUUAGAUGUUGGAUAUUUCACGAGUUUAAAAGCUGAUUGGAGGUCAGUUCUUAAUCAAUGGCAUAAAGCAUCCAGAGGAAAAAAGGUUAAUAACCUGCCAAAAAAUUUGUUUACGCAACUCAUUAAAUCUACUCUUAAUGUUGGUAACCAGACAAGUUCUCUCUAAAUUACCCAGUUUUACAAAUAUAGAUAUUCAACUCAAUAUUGGAGAAUCGUUUAGGAAUUAUAUUGAUGAUGUUCAUCUUAAUUAUGAAGUAAGCAAAAAAUUUAAGUUACCAAUAACAGCAGGGAAAAGUGUAUCAGCCACUGAAGUAGAAGCAUACUAUAAGAAAAAAGACAAAAAAAAAAAAGUCAAGAUAAUAUUCGAGCAAAGAAAAGAGGAAGACCACUUGGAUCAAAUAAUAUGGUUAUGAAAAUAAACAAAAAACUUAAUAUUUUACAAAGUUCAAGCAUCGUAAAUGUUAAUCAAGUUAUUGAAGACAAUGAACAAGUUUUACCUGUAUCUCAAAAUGAUGCAGAUUUUUCAUUGGAGCAAAUAAACAAUCACUAUGUACAUGUUUUCCUUGAUCAUGAUUAUUUUGUAAAAGAGUUAGUUGUAACUCAAGACUAAAAGAAUGAAACACUGUAAUAUUUAGUUUUAUAGUCAAUGGUGUUUAUUUGUGGAGAAUUAUAUAAAAAUAAUGUCUUAA